AUGCAGCUGGAAGGGGUUAAAGCCUCGCUAUUACAGUUGAAGGACUCUUCAGAAGAAACUUCUACAAAAUUGAAGAAUGACUUUUCGCUCAUCUGUGACCAAAUGGAGUCUGAUAGACUUUUAGCUUGUGAUACCUUGAGUAUUUGGAUAGCCAGAUCUCAAAAGCUAGUAGUCGAAGCACACAGCGUCCCUGAAAGUGUGAAAUAUGAUAUCAUAGCUCUUGUUACAAACAAGUCAGACUUCCUCCUACAUUUCAUCAUAGAUUUCUGGAACGAAUCAGGAGCUCCCCUGGGUAAAGCCUUAAGAGAUUUAUUUUCAAGGUUGAUUUCAUUUUUCCGACUCUGUCCAACGAAGUCUCAAAUCUUUAAAGCCUAUAUUGACAGAUGUCUUCAGCUACCAUACUUCUCCCGUGUGUUGUAUUUUAUGCUGGAUCAUUUGGCGAAAGAUAAAGAAUGGAGCAUUUAUGUGAUUGAGAAUCGACCAACUUUCGUUCAUGAUGCCUUGCAGUUUAUUUGGAGUAACGCUUUAGCCAGCUGUAUUGGAAAAACUGUUUGCUUGAUCUUGAAGAACAUGCUCGAUGAUGACAUAGACUCUUGGCUUCUGCUAUGGGAACGCCCCGUUAUCAGCAACCUUGAAAAUCUCAAGCUACAAAAGCACACAGAAACAUACUUGCUACCAAACAUUUUGAGAAUCUCCAACAAGGCUACCAAAGUCUUCCUUGAACACACAAGGUUGAACACUAAUAUAUUCCUCGGCUGCUUGAGAAUUGCCAAAGACCUUGCAAUUAUAACAGAUCCAACAACCUUGCUGCCUUACAAAGAAUUUGAAACUCUGCUACUCCAAGAAAAUGAUCAGCUUCGUCUUACAACACUAUCUUUGAUUCUUUCUUCUCCAAAAGGAGCUAUGCCGAUUGAGAAAAUAACGUAUAACCUCAUAUUGGAUGUUGCGGAUCAUCUAUUUGCUCAAACAGAUUUAGAAACCCGUACAGAGUCGCUUUCUUUGUUGAAUCAAUUCAUACUCAGAAUUAGAGACUCGACGUACGCUUUGGAUAGAGAUGCAAAAAGUCUUUCGAAAAAGAAUCAUGCUAAGUUCGAAGCUGAAAUCAACGACAAGUUUGACCAGGUUGAACAUGCUCUCGCUUUCUUGCAAAACUUGAUCACCAAGAUAUUAUUCCAUCUUCGACCAGGAUCUUCUUACCAUUGUAAGUCUUUUUCGAAUGCUUUACUUGGCUCCCUUGUCAAGUCAGGACUUGAUAGAAGAGUUGAUAGCAAGUACUUCGAUAAGUUCCGUCAUAUUGAUUUUCCAUUUACAAUCGAGCUUUACGAUGCCACGCUUUGCAGAAUUCUCAUAGACAGUCUUUCUGAUGAUUACGAUGAUAUUCGUUCUCAUGCAGCCCAAUUUUUAGAGAUGCGCCCUGUUGACAUUGGAACGCUCGUCGACUUGGAAGUUGCUCAAGCCAGAAGUCUUGUUUUUUUGAGCGACAUGAAAGAUAAGAGUGUGGACUCCGCAGGUAAAUUUUUCCAGUUCUUGGUUAGACAUGAAAGAUCCCAAGAUCAAAAUGUUGCUCCUACGCUCGAUCUUCUGAUUAGCAAACUGAAGCAUGAUAUUGGUGUUGCCCAUAACCUUGGUGAAGCCUGCUUCAAGGCUAAUGUUCAUGGGUAUUUUGCAGCUUUGAAGCAUAUAUUCAGUAUUUACCACGGUGAUCUACAGCAAUAUGUUGCUGAGCUGAUUGAGUGCUGCUCUGAAAUUUGGGAAAUCACUAAAGACGUUCUGAAAAAUGAUUCACCCGAAGGAAACUUGCCUGAAGAGGUUGAGGAGUAUAGAGUAGAUCUGGAGGCGCAAUAUGGAAAGGCAUCCCAAGUUGUCUACAACUAUUGUUGGAGAGCUCUAAAGGAGUCAAGUAACUUGCUUGAAGUCUUGAUUUUGAAAUAUUCCAUUGAGCAAGAUGUUCUUUCUGUUAUUGGAGAGCAGUUGAUGGAGCAGCUUGCAACUGUCCGUCACAAGGGAGCUUUCACAUCAGUUUUUCCUACUUUUGUUGCCUGUUGCAAGAAAUAUAAGAAAACUGAUAUGUGGUUGCAACAGACCCUUUCUCUUGUCGAAACAGGAACCAGCUCCAUUACAAGAAGAUCUGCUGGUAUUCCUUUCUUGAUCACGGCAAUGCUGCGUUCUAACCCAAACUUCAUUGCGUCAACUAUGGACAAGCUUGUUGAAAUUGCCCAGCUACCAAUUGACCCAGAGGCAGCUACUUCUAUAAACAUUCCCCAAGUCAAUGCUAUCAACUCUGUCAAAGCGAUUAUUGUGGAUUCAUCGCUGUCAAAAGAUUCUGCAGAUUAUGUUGGGCAAGCGCUGCAGCUUUCGUUGGACAGAUUUGGCUCGAGCAUAUGGGCUGUUCGCAACUGUGGUGUUAUGUUAUUUGCUGCGUUGCAAAACAAACUUUUUGGAACUAAGAAAAUCAAGAGUGGACAUCUCUCUACAAUCUCGGCCCGCUUGUUUUUUUCUAGAUUCAAGACUAUCCGCGGAGUACUGUUGAAUUCUCUGACCACCUCUAUCAAGAAUGGAUUCACAAGUGAGAAUGUUGAAAAAAUGUAUCCGGUUUUGACGACACUUACUCGUUUGGAGGCUACUCCAGAGUAUUCUGGAUUGGAAGAAUUCAAACCUCUUGUCUUGACAUGUUUGGGAAAUCAAAGCUGGAAACUGCGUGAGAUGGCUUCCAGAGCACUUCCUGCAUUGAUUCCCUCUGACUCUGUAUUUACUGAAUGUUCAGCUCUAUUGAAUCGUUCGGGGCAUUUGAACGCCAUACAUGGCCAUAUAUUGGCGGUUCAGGAGUUAAUACGUCGACUUGCUGUGCAGAAUGAAUGGACUUCUAUUCCAAAGGAGUACAAAUCAUUGAUGGCAGAACAUCUAAGAGCAAUGCUCGUGAAAAAUAACUAUGCUAUACAAUUGACUUACUUCAGACUUUUACAAUUUGCAGAGUUUGAAUGUGAUCAAGAAUCGGCCUCGAUAUUGGGCAACUGGUUCUUAUCCCACUGCAGUUUGAAAACAUUGGAUGGCUCUCAACAAUUAUCGCUGGCAGCCUGUGUUUGCUUGCUGUUGAAUCACUACGAUCAAUCUGAGAACUGGGAAUCAUUUUUGGAUUUGCUCGAAAUUGCUCUAGGCUCUUUGUAUGAAGUUCGUCUGGCUGCCAUUAACGUGUGCCGCAUUUCACUCCCUGCUGAAAUCAAAAUCAAGGUCAUUGAAUUGUUGUGGAAAUUGUGUCUUGAGGAAAAAUGGAACUAUGUGAAGUCUGCAGCCUUGAGUUCUCUAAGAGACUUACUGUCAACGUCUCAAUACGAAGGAUCUCAUAUGUUAAAACCGCUUCUCAGUUUGAUGAAUGAAAAUGAAGGCAGUGAUAUUGAAAUGAGUGUCGUUGAAAGCUUGGGUCCUUUGGUUGCAAAAAACUUGCAACCUUCAAUUUUCAACUCAUGGUAUAACGUUGUCGUGCGCUUGGGUGCCGACUCUUCCGAGUUCCCUUAUAGAAAAGCUGCAUUGGGAGCACUGAUUGGCUUUAAUGGUGUCUCGGAAGAAGGAACAGAUCAAAAGACUCAAGUUCUUAUAAAGCUGUUUGAUUUUUUGUCUGAUGACGACGAAGAAUUGCGCUUGUCGUCUGCUCAUCACCUUUCUAAGUUUUUGAAACUUGAAACCACAAUGGUUCCUGUUGAGGUAGAGAAACAAAUGAUUGCAUAUUUCAUUUCUACCAAGACUAUUGCUGCUACCGACAAUAAUUUGUUCUAUCUUGCUACAAACGGUAAGUUUGAUGAUCUAUUCUUUACGAACUCUUUGUUGUUUGCUCCUGAAAAAGACAAUUUCUACAAAAGCCCUAUACGCAGAGCUUUUCAGAGUCAAGAGCUGAUUCUCGGUCUUCGCCCGGACGUUACGAAACUAAGAACCCAAGUGAUAACAAAUUGCGAAAGCAUUUCAAAAUUGUUGAAAUCAGAUGGUUGUUUUGGGAGCCUUUCCGAACCGUCUAUUUUUGAGUUCGUCUAUGCUACACUCAUCCACGCCAAAACUUUAGUAACGUUCGAACAAAUUAUUGAAUUGCCCAAUUUUGCAGCAGACACUCACCCACUCAAAGUUCUUGUUCUGGAUUCUGGUUUUAAUGACGUCCAACGGAGCAGACACGAUCAACGAGGCAGAGGCACCAAAAAUGGAAGCAACGAAGUUUUGACCCCAGGUAGCAGAAGAGUAGUCUUGCAAGUGGAAAACGUACUCUUUAGCAAAGGCAGAACCACCGAACAAAGCAAAGGAGCCAGGGGCAUUUCUAGCAGCAGUCCAUCCCCAUCCUUUGUACAAUCCCAAUCCCUCGUCUUGCAAGAUCUUGACAAAACCUCUACCCUUGAAAGCCUCGGGGUUUGUUUGUCUCUUGAUCUUCAAGACAUCCAAUGGCAACAGCACAAUUUCACCAAUACCGAUCAAAGAACCAGCAGUAGCCGAAAGAAGGGCCUUACCGGUCUUGGAGCCGAAAGCGUCCUCGUAAGUGGAUCUAAAGUUGGAAGUCAAGAACUCAUUGGCGAAUGGUUGACCUCCGUACUUGUACACUCUUUGCAAGAUCUUGUAACAAGCAGCGUAUCCAAGACCAGGGAACAAGCUGAGAAGUCUUUGGCCCAUUGGUUUGGUUGCAUUUUCUCUGAAAAUGACCUUAUUGAACACUUCCAAGCUGUUGACCUUGGUUUGAUUACUCAUGAGUCUCUUGGAAAUGGUAUCAACCGGGUGGAAAACACCGAUUUCACAAAUUCCAGCAGAGGCAGAUCCAAGCACUCUAGCGGUGGCAGACUGUUUUUUAUCAGCGACAGGAGACAUGGCGGAUUGACGGAGGUCAGAUAA